AUGAACAAGAAGAUUCUCGUUCUGCUGACAAUUCUUCAACUUAUUCACGCCGACCGGCGUUCCACCCUCCCCCACUCCUUGGAUUGUUCAAACGGGGAGGACGAGAAAAUCGGUUGCGCCGAUCAGAGCCACGAGGCUCUGGCGAGGAUCGAUCGAUCGAGGAACGAUUGCGCGAUAAACGUUGGAUCGUCGUUCCUCGAUGGGCAAUGCUGCGCGACAGGGGACAAGGGGAUGGAGACGAUUAAUUUGGGAUCGAAUUACGAGAGGAGAAGCGAGUUUCCUCUUCGAACCGAGUGGAUGAGCGACGUGCUGCGCUUCACCCCAAAUUUCACGUUCGUUCAAACCGUUGAAUGCCGGGAGCAGGUUAACGUUUUCCUACGCGAAUUGAGCAAUUACAAAUUAUGGGCCAUAGAAAUGUUAGACUCGAACGCGAAACUGCCAUCCAGUUUAUUGCGAGGGAAUCUGAAUCAAUUUGGGGAUUUCGAUCAAUGCUUGAACGUGAUGGCGCACGAGAUGUCGAGCGGAAGGGAGAUAAAGAUACAGGGGAGGUACUUUUUGACGAAUAUAGGCAUCGACGCGACCCAUCCACUUACGGAAAAUCUGGUUUUCACCAUGAAGGCGUAUAACUUGUUCACGUCGCGUUUGCACGAAAAACGUGGACACUUUUUCCCAAAAUUUUCCGUGGUAAGGUGGGCGUUGUGCCUUCCGUCCGCUUGCUCGAACGAGGACGCGAGAAGCGUAAUUCAACACACGCUGAACAGUUAUAAUUCAACAAUGGGGAUUAAAUUUAUGGUUCGCGUCGAUCCUAACAUGAGCUACGUGAAGCACGAGUCAUCAUCGAGUUACGCGAAAGAGACAAUCUACGUUUUAUGUUUCUUUGCAAUUGUCGCAUGUCUCGUUGCAGCAACAACGAUGAGAGAUUACUUGGCGACGCGUGAGAGAGAGAAAGAGAACAGUUUGGAGAGGAUAGCGAUGGGAUUCUCGUUACGAAGGACCGCGAAAUCUUUGUUCAAAAAGGAAACAAGUCCCAACGAUAUCACGUGCAUACACGGGAUGAAAUCCAUUUUGGCCAUAUUUAUAUAUUACGGGCACAAUAUCAUGAUAACGUCCGUAACGCCGUAUAUAAAUCGAAUCUAUUACGUGAACAUGGCGAGCCAUCCCUUGACGAUCACCCUUAGAAUAGCGACUAUGUACACGGACUCGUUCUUAUUGUUCAGCGGCACGUUAACAUCCUUUAACAUGAUGCACGAGUUGAACGUGAGAGGUGAAAUUCGAUGGUUCAGGCGGCUUGUUUCCAGAUACGUAAGGCUUACCCCGAUGUUGUUGGCAGUCGUGCUCUAUUACGCGUACGUGAUGGAGCACAGUGGGUCGGGCCCUGAGUGGAACAUCAUCGUGAAAAAUGCUGAUCUUUGCAAAAAUACCGGUUGGAUGAAUCUCUUGUACGCACAAAUCGCCUUACCCUUCGAGGAUCAGUGCGCCUCCCAUACGUAUCAAUUGUCCGUGGACAUGCAGUUGUCACUGUUGGCUCCUGCACUGAUAUUCGUCUUAAAAUUCUGGUCAACGUUUGGGAUAUUUCUCGUGUUAUUCAUCGCUUCGUUGUCGAUGAUAUUUCGUUACAUAAUACUGCUAAGAAACAACGUUACCAUAAUCUUUCAUCACGGGUUCUCAGUGGAGGAAUUUUAUAUUAUGAGCAAUCUGAUGUACAUCAUUCCGUUUUACAGAAUCACGCCGUACAUAUUCGGCGUGGUUCUUAGCGUCCUGUUGCACCGCGUUGGAAAAAACGAUAAGAUUCCCAAGAUCGUGGUGAAUCUGGGAUGGUCGAUCUCGACGAUGAUUAUAAUAUGGUUGUUGUUCUCGCAAUACAAUAUCACGAGGAAGAAUUACGUGUUCGACAUAAUAUCGCUGACCAAUUUCGUCGUGAUCGGUCAAAUCUUGUGGGCGUUGGCCCAGUGUUGGGUGAUAUUCGCCUGCUACACGAAUAACGGAGGCGUAAUAAACAAAUUCCUUUCUCAUCAUUGGUUCGUUGUCUUCAGCAAGAUAUCGUACUCGUGGUAUUUAAUCCAAUUUUUAUUUUUUUUCUACGAGGUUGGCACCACCAGAUAUCCGGAAGUUUUUUAUCUAUUUAAAUUACUUAAUUUUACGCAAAUAGUUUUGGUUACGUUGUCGUCGAUCGUUCUUACUUUGAUCUUCGAUAUACCUAUGCAGGAGAUUAAAAACUAUAUAAUGAAAAGAUGAAUAACGGU